GGACAAGGUCGUCGUCGUCACCGGAGCAUCUUCCGCCAUCGGUGAGCACAUUGCAUAUGAGUAUGCAAAAAGGGGAGCCAAUCUGGUGUUAGUAGCACGGAGAGAGAACAGGCUGUGGGGGAUAAGUGAGAAUGCUAGACUGCUGGGUGCCAAGAAUGUUUUGGUCACAGCCGCAGAUGUUGUCAAGGAAGAAGACUGCAGGAGAUUCAUCACUGACACUGUCAACUUCUAUGGCCGAGUGGAUCAUCUCGUAAAUUCAACAAGCCUAGGACAUACAUGCUACUUUGAGGAAGCCAUGGACACUUCUGUGUUUCCCAUUCAAAUGGACAUAAACUUCUGGGGAAAUGUGUAUCCAACAUAUGUAGCCCUUCCAUAUCUCCGCCAACACGGAGGACGGAUCAUAGUGAACGCAUCAGUCGAAAACUGGAUGCCUUUACCAAGAAUGAGCGUAUACUCUGCAGCAAAAGCCGCACUUGUAAAUUUCUAUGAGACAUUGAGGCUGGAGGUGGAAGAUAGCAUUGGGAUCACAGUCGCAACACAUGGAUGGAUCGGAACUGAGAUGAUGAGGGGGAAAAUCAUGGUGGAUGAAGGUGCAGAGAUGCAAUGGAGAGAAGAAAGGGAAGUACAUGCAAGUGCAGCAGUGGAGGAGUUUGCGAAGAUGAUAGUGGCCGGGGCAUGCCGUGGGGAUGCAUAUGUGAAGUACCCCAGAUGGUAUGAGGACACGUUCCUGCUCUACAGGGUGUUUUCUCCUAAGGUCCUCAACUGGGCAUUCCGUCUACUUCUUGACAACCUGGGUGCAAGGACUUCUUUCAUUGGGACUGGGAGGCCUGUUGCGACAGGAUCGUCAAAAGUUGAAUCACAUUCUCCAGGGAGGCUCAAUGCAGGAUCCGAACCUGUCCACCACCACCCGCUCAAAAUGGAAUGAGACCUUAGUAAAUCCCGUCCAUGUAUAAUGUGUUCCGAGUCUGUUACUUUCCUGGUGUUAUUUUCCCUUUGUGAUUUGUGAAACACAUGCCCUUAUCAUCCGUGCUUUGGACCCUUAUGGCAGGUUAAUAAUAAAUACAGAGUAAAUACAGAGUCUGUUA